AUGGAAGCAGCACUUCAAAUAAAUUCCUCACAUGCUCAUCAACUCUUUCAACACAGAGUCAUUGCUUUCAAUCUCAAAUGGCAAGCCAUUCCUCACGACCAAUUGAAACUCAAUCCUCAUAUUCUUCAAGAUUCCAAUCAUUCAAAAGAUGAAAACACCACUCCAAGAAUGGUGAUUUUUCUAUUGGAACGCAAUAACAAGUACUUACCCAUGUUAGAAGAUGAUUUAAGUCCUCCAGAAAAGAAUUCUGAAUGGUCGUCCUCUGAUCCAGCACAAAUGGACAGGGUGGAUAUUUCACAACAACAACAUGUACAAGACCAAGACGAAUGGGUCAAGAGAUAUACGAAACAAAUCGAUGAGGCUCGAGAAGGAUUCGAUGAAUACUUUGAUUACCUCAAAAAACAUCAACUCGUUUCUUCUCUCAAGAUGCAUGAUUCUUACUAUGAAAGGUGGUCCCAAUUUAACCAUCAAUUUUCAGCCGAAGGUCAACCAGUAGAAGGCAACGAUGCUAAUGAAGAACGUUCAUUCAUGUUCUUUGUGAAAAUACUCAAUGAUGGAACCUUGUCGUUGAGAGGAGAGUCAAAACCAACCAUGAAAUAUGAGAUUAUGGGAACUUUGGCUUUUGGUGUGAAACAUGUGAUUGUGAAUGGAGAGAGAAUGAAAAUUGGAAUUACUGGUUCAGGAUGGGUACCUCCCAAAUUUAGAGGUGUGCAUGAAACCAAGUUGGUUCCGUGGUUUUUGCAUUUGCACAUGUUUAAAGAAAUGGGUGUCAGAUAUUACUAUGCACAUGUGUUUGAAGAAAACACAAGAUGCUUGGGAUUUGUUGAAAAAACUGGUCUGUUUCCUUCCAAGUUGAGAAUGAACUUUAUUGGAGUGAAACUUCCACUUGUCGAGGAGAAGGUUGAAUCAUCUUCACUAAAAAGAAUUGAAACAUUCGAGCGGUAUAAUUCAUUAAUGAGAAAGCUUUAUGGAUCCUCUAAUUUUUUGGUAGACAGACUCGAAAAUAUAUUCUUUCAUCGCAAUUUUGAAGGAUGCUAUGUGGAUGAGGUCAAUAAUCUAACAUUCCAAUUAUGGAAAGGAAAAUACGGCGUGGAUGCAACCACUAAUGAACAAUAUCCAGCUUUCAUGAUCAUGAACAUGACACAAGCUGACUCUCCCAUCGAUGUUACUUCUCAUCAAUUAGAUUUGAUUCAACACCAUCUUCAAAGUGACCUCAUCCCUUCCUUGAUCCAAUCCAAAAAUUUCACAAACAUUUCACACACCUAUUUGUAUCAUGUGACCAACAGCCAAGCCAUGAAAGUUGCAUUGUGUGAAAGACAUCUCGAUAAUCCAUCUCUUUCUGUGGCCUUCCUGGCUUACACCUUUCAGGACAAUGACAUGUUCAUGCAUUAUCUUCCCAAACGAAAAUCAGAAUCGAACCAUUCAACAGUUCCAAAGAGCGAACAAGUUUGGAAUUUCAUGAUGGGAGAAUACGCAGGUUAUGAUAAGAAUAUGAACUUGUUUUUGGAUCCGAGAGAUUGCACUAGCAAGCCCUUAGUGUGGAGUCAAGAUAUUAAAACCUCACUUUCCUUAUUGGGAGAAGGAAAGGUGUCGAGACCAUCUACAAGUUCAGCUCCAACCUCGAAACCAGUUGUCCAAGAAGAAGCCUCUCCAGUGUCAUCUUGUCCUUCCUGUUCACCCGUUGAAACUAAUGACUUGACACAGACAAAUGCUUUGACUCAUUCAUCAACUUCAAGUCCUGAACCUCUUCAUCACGAGCACUCCUCGAAACUAGAUAUGAAUUCCAAUAGUAACCGAAGAUAUUCCUCUCUUCUUAAAUGGUCCUUAAUUCUCACUCCAACUCUAUUGGUCGCACUGUUUGGUGUGAAAAAGAUGUUCUUCACUUCAAAUCAAUCCAAAUAA